ACAUUGCUUUCGUGUUCGAUUUGGUGAGUGAGUGUAUUGUGUUGUGUCGGUAUUAUUAGGCCAUACAAUCAAAAUUUUAAUCAACUGUGGUAAUUUUUACGGGAUCUUUAAUUAUUGUCACACGUGUUAAAAUAUUUUGUUACUGUCAGAAAUUACCCGUAUUACAUAUAUUUAGUCUGUGUGCAAUGUGUGUAUUCAGCUGACACCUUUCACAAAGGAUAAACGGAGAAUCUUGGUACACCGUAACAUUUCAACAUUUGCGAGCUAAGGCUUGGAAUGAGAACUGACGAUUUACCGACUCAUUGAAGACAAAGCUGUGAUAAAGGUGGACGAAGGCUGUGCAGAUUGGUAUGGGCGUGCGGUGAGAUUCGGAGCACUCCGCCAGCAUGUUGGAGGGAGAGAAACAGCAGAAUGCAGGCGGCACCAAUGCCGCCCCACAGCACAGAAAAGGACACAGGAGGCAAGAGUCAAUGUACGCUAUGACAGGACUUUACGCCGAAUCAGUUGGCAUAGAUGGCGAAAAGGUUGCUAGGCCGAUUACGCCACCUCUACCCUCGCAUCCACCACGGGAAUCUAUCAAAUGUCACAGCCGGAACCCCUCCGCUGGUAUAUGCGACAGGGAUCGCGAAAAAGAAAGAGAAAAACCCCGACAAAUAUUUCCAGAAAUACUGGACAUUCCUCAUGACGCAAGAGAUUGCGGUAUCUUGUCUUGGAGGCCGCUACUCAUUCAGAGAUUUUCUAGUAUAAAAGUGUUUGUGUUCUUUCUUUCUUUUCUUGUGACGCUUCAACAGGCGUUGAGUUCCGGCUACAUUAACUCUGUGAUCACAACUAUUGAAAAAAGAUUCGAAAUCCCUUCGAGUCUUUCUGGAUUAAUCGCGAGUAGCUACGAGAUAGGAAACGUCAUAACAGUGAUUUUCGUUUCAUAUCUUGGUAGUAGACGACACAUUCCAGUUUGGAUAGCAGUUGGUGCUGUAAUAAUGGGUAUCGGGUCGUUGGUGUUUGUAGUUCCGCACUUUAUUGCGGAAGUCAAUAGCGAAACUUUGGCAAACAAUCAAUCGGAAGAAAACAUCUGUCGGCUAACACAUGCCCUCGACCAAGACAUGGUCGGACGUUUAUCAGUACAAGGCCUACCGCCAAACAAUUUGAGACCAGAUAACUGUAUUAAGAGCACUCCGAGCACAUUCUUGCCAGUAAUGGUGUUCAUAGUUGCUCAACUAUUGCUCGGUUGCGGCGGAUCGCCAUUGCUGACGCUCGGCACAACUUACGUCGACGAUCACGUACGCCCUGAAUCUUCUAGCAUGUAUAUCGGAUGCAUGUACAGCAUGGCUGCUUUCGGCCCUGUCCUCGGCUUUUUGCUUGGUGCCUACUUAUUAUCUUUUCAUAUGGAUUCGUUUUCCGGCGCUAUUAUAUCGAUUGGUCCCGGUGACCAUCGUUGGGUCGGAAUGUGGUGGGGCGGUUUCCUACUCUGUGGCUUACUUCUGAUUCUCGUUGCGGUUCCGUUCUUCUCUUUCCCAAAAGUCUUGGUUCGAGAAAAAGAGAAAAUCAGACUUGUAGAGAAAGCGGCCGCCGCUAGCGGUGCGUCGACUUCUAAACCACCGCCCAAACCACAAACCGAUAUUAAGGACUCCGGCUAUGGGAAAGACAUAAAAGAUAUACCGGUGUCGAUGUGGAGGCUGUUAAAGAACCCCGUAUACGUUGUCACGUGUCUCGGUGCUUGCAUGGAACUCAUGAUCGUGUCUGGUUUCGUCGUCUUCUUGCCCAAAUAUUUAGAAACGCAGUUCAGCCUCGGCAAAAGUCAAGCCAGUGUUUUUACCGGCUCCGUCGCCAUACCGGGUGCGUGCAUAGGAAUCUUUAUGGGCGGAUGUUUACUGAAACGUUUGGAGUUGCGACCCAAGGGCGCCGUACAGUUUGUGCUCAUAUCAAACAUCAUUUGUCUCUCUUGUUACGCGCUGCUGUUCUUCUUGGGCUGCGAUAACAUUAAGAUGGCGGGAACUACAAUUCCUUACACCAACAACAGUAACCUGGAACCUUUCAAAGUGAAUCUGACGGCCGCGUGCAAUUUAAACUGCCUAUGCACGGAGACGGACAUGGAACCGGUCUGCGGGAACAACGGCCUCACGUACUUCUCGCCCUGUCACGCCGGAUGCGCCAAGUUCUCCUCGCAUCGCUCCAAUUUCACCAACUGCGCAUGCGUGCACGAGAACAGCAUGGGCGGCGGCGGCGUGGUGGCGGCGGCGCUGCGCUCGGACUCGCGCGCGCAGUACAGUGACGUCACCAUCGUGCCCGUGGCCACGGCGGGCCCCUGCAACCCCCCCUGCACCACCAUCUUCCCCUUCCUCGUGCUGCUCUUCUUCAUGACGUUUGUUGUAGCCGUUACGCAGAUGCCGCUCCUCAUGAUUGUACUCAGAUCUGUGAGCGAAGAAGAACGUUCGUUUGCUCUCGGUAUGCAGUUUGUGAUAUUCCGUUUGUUUGGAUACAUACCGGCCCCAAUACUUUUCGGUAAUCUCAUCGACUCCACGUGUAUUCUGUGGAAACAAUCAUGCAGCGGCGAGAAAGGCGGACGUUGCCUGUUGUACGAUAUCGAGCAAUUCCGAUACAGGUAUGUAGGCUUGUGUGGCGGAAUAAAAAUCGUAGCUCUAGGCAUCUUCCUAGCAGACUGGUGGUUGGUUAGAAGAAGGAAAAAUCUCGAGACCGCCGCACCGCUCGAUCCUCACAAAGACAUCGCCGGUUCAAUCAUCAGCCUCGACAAACUAUUCGAGGAGUUGCCGUCGGCGGAGAACGCGAGCGGGUUCCGGUCAGGCGUGACGUCAGGACUGAGCUCGGCGAGCAGCACGCCGCUGGAGCCGGCCGCGGCCGAGAGCCUGCAGCGCGUCGACUCGCAGUACAAGAACUCGCGCGUGCUGGUCGCGUCGCGCCAUCUCCGCAACGACUCCAAGACCAUCCAGCUGGAGCCGCGCACCCGCCAGCGGUCGCUCGACGAGUCCGAGCGAGCGUUCCCGCGCUCAGCCUCGCGGGACUUCCCCGGACACUCGAGAAACGGAUCGCGCGACUUCAAGGUGCACUCGCGAUCGGACUCACGCGAUCUCAGCCUCGACCAGCUGAGGCAGCUGGCGCUCCGCAGCGUCGAGAGCCUCGAUCUGAACGUGCUGCCGCUCGCCAAGUGUGCCGACGAGGAGAGCAAGCGGCUGAUAGAGAGCGGGGGCGUAUUGCGCCACCGGCGAACGAGUUCGAGGGACAUCAAGCCGCCAGAAUCGAAACACAAACGGACUUCGUCACAUCACAUCACAAUGGAGCCAAAUGAACUCAGCCUUCAGAUACAAAAAGGACGUAGCGUCGAUCACCUGGCAUCCGCGCCUCUAGAACCCCGCGUGUGAGUCAACCGCGAGUGACGAUUUCGUCGCGGAAGGAAUCUCAAACGGCGUCGAAGCUCCAUGAGGAAGCUUUGCUGGUCGCUUUAUGGCUUGACCUCGUAAUGCAAAAUAGUAAAAUUCAGCUUCUGUAGACUAAUUUUAUUUUGACUACUUAGAUAAAUAAAUGAGUGAUUUCAAAUCAUAUCCUAAUGGGUCGUGUUAUAUUGUUUUCUUAUAUUUCAAUGAAAAACAUUUUGAAGUUAAAUAUAUAUUUAGAAGAAGAAAAACUGCACUGAUGUGGUCAAACACACUAAUUGUGUUUAUUAUUAGCCAUGGCAGCAAUUUUUAGCAUCAAAUUACUGUACUUAAUACUUUUUAAAACAGAUCUUCUCAAUUAAACCCGUGGAAGUUAUUAAAAAACUUUUAAAACAUUUAGUGAUUUUAGAAAAUUAAAGUUGCAUCGUUUUUAUUUUAAUAUACCAUUGUGACUACUUUGUAUUUCAGUGCUCUGUAGUUAAACCAAUUGAAAUAUGUCUAGAAUAAUAUUUCCUAUUUUAAUAAAUGUUUGCAUGAUCAUAUUAUUGAAAAUAAAUCACAACUAUGUAGAUGUUACUAUAGAAAGAAAAAAUAUCACUUAAAGUAGACUGAUGUGAAUAUCACAGUAAAAUUUUUAAUUGUAAAGGUUGUCUGUAAUAUGCCACAAAUUAUUAGUAGACCGCAAUAUUGUGAUAUGAAAUAAUUUUUAAUUCUAACAAAAAAAUUUAGAAAUAGGUAUGUCUUGAGAGCAGUGGGAUCACUGAACCAAUGCCAUUUAUGCCUUAUUUUGCUAUAAAUUUCAAAGUUUAAAUGGAAUGCAUAUAUACUUGAACAUUUUUUAAUUGUAUUGUAUUUUGACUUACUCUGACAUUCCUAUUAAGGAUCAAGGAUAUAUGUUGCCAUAAUGUCACAUUCAAAUUUUGUAACAAAUGCUAUCUCACAGCAGAAUAGGCAUUACUCCUACACAACUGAGACUUCAACCGAAUGUAUCAAACGGUCCAUUGCUAUUCAGUGUAUUGUCAAAGGGCUCCAGUAAACUAUUUACAUCAGAUGCUCCACUAACUUGUCCGCCCAUUCAAGAAAAAAAUAUGUGUAUAAUGGUUUAUGGAUUUUGAAACGACAAAAUUUAAGUGACCGAUACACUUACAAAAUAUGUAAAAGUUCUUAGCUUUUCAUAUUUUCGAUUUCCAGAAUUUGUUGUCACUAUGUCAUGUGUUCAUAUUUACCAUUUUUUUAUUAUUACCUACCAUCCACUACAAUAAGUUGUCUUGAACAGCAGCAUAAACAAUAUUUUGCAUAUCAUGUCUGUUAUACUGGUUACAUAUAGAACAUAAAAAUAUGAAAUACAAGCAUCUUUUUUAGUUAUUUCUUAAAAUUGAUGUAUUAAAAAAGGUGUCAAUUGUCAGGCUGCUCCUUUGGUACUAGAAAUCAAUUAAAAUUAUAUAAAUUUAUUUUAAUAGCAAUGUAAACACUAAUAUGAAGCAAUAUAGUAUUAAGAAAUAUAUAUCAGAGAUAUAUUUAAUUAAAAAAGACAAGAGAGAUGUUGUCUGUGUAAAUUUUGUCACAUAUAUGUUAAGAGAGGUUAUAGUUUCAUAUGGAAAAAGAGUGUUUUACCUAAAAUGCCUUACUACAAUAGGUCUUAAGACUUGAUAGUGAUACUGACUUAGGUGUAUGUAAAUGAAUGUUGUUAUGUCAAUCACACAGAUAAGUACGAUGUUAACAACUUCUAAAAUAAUUUGUUGCAUUUAGUGAAUAAAUUAAAAUUGCAUUCUUAUUUUAUUGAAGUUUA